CUAACCUCCCAUUAUCACACUAUAGUCAUGGUCAUGUCUAGAUUUUACUCUUUGGUUCCCUUUGUCUUUUUCAUGGUUCUCUUUGUACCACUCUUGUCAAAAGGUCAGAACCACCAUCAUCUUCAUCUCUACAGUCGUCGUGGUCAUAAUCCCAGUCCCAGUCUCGGCAGCAACUGGAAGCUUGCGCAUGCAACCUUCUAUGGUGACAUGCAAGGUGGAGAGACAAUGCAGGGUGCUUGUGGUUAUGGCGAUCUGUUCCAACAAGGGUAUGGGCUUGAAACCACAGCCCUAAGCACAGCUCUAUUCAACAAUGGGGUGAGUUGUGGGGCAUGUUUUGAGAUCCAGUGUGUGAACGACCCCAGUUGGUGCAUAAAGAACGGAGGCACAAUCAAAGUAACGGCAACAAAUUUCUGUCCCCCCAACUAUGACCCUCCAAAUUUGGACCAUUGGUGCAACCCUCCAAUGGAACACUUCGACUUGUCCAUGAAAAUGUUCACCAAAAUCGCCAUAUACAAAGCAGGGAUCAUCCCAGUUCAAUAUCGACGUGUCCCAUGCACCAAAACCGGUGGUGUCAAGUUCCAACUCAAAGGGAACCCUUAUUGGCUCCUAGUUUUGAUCUACAACGUUGGCAACGCUGGUGAUGUUACUCAAGUUAGCAUCAAAGGCUCUAAAGCUAAUUGGGCUUCCAUGUCACGGGCUUGGGGACAAAAUUGGCUUACGGGCUCUAAUUUGGUGGGCCAGAGCUUGUCGUUUUCGGUUACUACUAGUGAUGGUAAAAAGUUGAAUUUUGAUAAUGUUGUUCCUUCCAAUUGGCAAUUCGGACAGACCCAUGAAAGUCCCCAAAACUUUUAGCCUACCAAAAUCUAAUCAUAUGUGACCAGUGAUGUCGUGUAGCAAAAAACAGUUAUAGAAAUAAACGAACCAAGUUAAUUGAUU